UCAGUUAUGUGUAUAGGUUAUGUUUAUUAUUAUAUUUGCAAUUUCAUUUCAUAAUUUUAAUAAUAAAUAAUUAAAGAGCUGUCUUAAAUAGUUAAAAAUGGCAGAUUACUUUAUUGAAAUGGGUUGGAGGGAGCUUGGAGAAGGCGAACAACCCGACCACUUGCUCCAUUUGGCCAGAUUAUUUCGAGAUUACAAUAUGUUCCAAGAGCUAAAUACUUUAAAUGGUGAAAAACUACCUCCGCCAGCGUCAAAAGCCGCUGUAGAAGCCUUAAAAGACGAAUUAAUUAGUCAUGAAGGUACUCAGUGUCCAGUUUGUUUAAAGGAAUAUAACAAUGGGGAAACAGUAAAGAAAAUGCCUUGCGAGCACAAGUUUCAUCCGGAAUGCAUCUUACCGUGGCUUUCAAAGACAAAUUCAUGUCCUUUGUGUCGACACGAACUUCCCACAGAUGACGAGGACUACGAAGCAUGGAGACAAGAGAAGAAAAGAGCCAAAGAAAGGGAACAAGACAUAGAAAAUUUACACAACAGUAUGUUUUCUUAGGUUCUUAUAUGUCUUAUUAAUAUAAUUUUUUAAACAUUGUUAUUUAAGACUAUGGUACAAGGGAUUUUAUAGAAAAUAACUCAAUCUAUAUACAUAAAGAAAGUUCUGACACGGCUCUGACUGAACAUAUCGACAUAACAUGUAUAAGUGGCGGGUAUUACACUAAAAUUUCUUUGUCAAAGAUCUUUAAUAACAGAUAUUUUAUAUUUUAUGAAAAAUAUGACAUUGUUAAUAUAGAAUAUUUUAUAAAAUCACACAUAUACACUGUCAAAUUCUUCAUAAAAUAUUUUUUAAAUAAAAUCUUUCACAAAGAAAUUUGAUAGUGUAAUAGUAGCCUCUAACAUAUUUAUGUAUUGUUAUAUUCUAUAGAUAGCAGUCAUUUUCAGUCUUUAUAUUUAGGCAAUGAAAAUGAAAAUUAAAGAAAUAGACCAAAGAAUAUAACAUAUUAGACUAUAUCGCUAGUCAGAAACAGAAAUUGAAGCUAAAUUUUUGAGAUGGAGCUAUACAAAAUUGACAUAUGAUGUCGUUUCUUUUUAUUUGGCUUUAUUUCCCACUCAUUGAGUAAAUGCGGUAUUAAUAUUAAUAGUUUGUAUAUACUUAGUAUAUACUAGUAUGUAUAUAUGGUAUAUAUUAAGAAAAAGAAAGGAAAACUGCCUUACUAAAAAACGGUUCCAUGAUAAUGGCGCCAUCUGGUGAGGGGAUUUGGGUUUAAAAUAUGCUUAUUUAUAUAAUUUCACUCUAACUAUCAUUUUAAAAACGAAAACCAUCUUAAAACUUAUUUUUUACACAAUAUUAAUAAUUCUAAUGCAAAGCGUUAUUAUGUGUUGUGAAAAAAGUUAGAUUUAACAGUAAAAUUUAUACAUACAAAAAAAUAGAAGCCAAAUAUAUAAACACCAUUAAUUAUAAUAAAAUAAGAUCAACCUAAUGGGUUCCAAUCUAAAGUUUUGUAAAUGGAUUAAAUAAAUAUGAAGAGGGGAAUGAUGGAAAAAUAAAAAACAUUUUAUUUUAAGGCUACAAAUAAAAAAAGAAUUAUUGUCUAAUUAAAAUACAAAUAAUAAAAGUUAUACUU